UAUUGACAAAGUGAUGAUCAAUCUGAAGACGGAGGAGUUUGUGUUGGACGGCCCCCCCCUUCAGUCCCUGCAGCAGCUCAUCCAGUGGGUGGGAGACUUUGUCCUCUACCUGCUGGCCAACCUGCCCAACCAGGGCUCCAUGGUCCGGCCGGGGUUCGGCUUCAUGAGGGACGGGGCGUCUCUGGGGAUGCUGAGGGAGAUGUUGGUGAUGAUCAGGAUCUGGGGUCUGCUGAAGCCCGGCUGUCUGCCCACCUUCACCGCCACGUCCGACAACCAGGACAGCAUGCAGCUGCUGUUCAGACUGCUCACCAAGCUGUGGCUCUGCUUCUGUGUCUCAGCCCGGGACGACGGCCCCCCCCAGGACCCGGACGAGAGCCUGAUAGACGAGUGCUGCCUGCUGCCCAGUCAGCUGCUGGUUCCCAGUAUGGACUGGCUCCCGGUUAACGACGGCGUCAUCGUCAAGCUGCAGGGCAAACACCCGCUCAGGCUGCAGUUUGGAAAAGCCUCGUCUCUGCCCGGCGGGGGCUCCGCCGCCCCGCUGGAGGUCUUCACCAGGAGUCCCGGCUCUCAGAAGAUGGAUAACCUGCGUUGUGUUCAUAUGGGAGUUUGUCCCACUGAGGAGAGCAAGGCCUGCACCAGGUGCGGCUGCGUGACGAUGCUUCGUUCUCCCAACAAGACGAAUGCCAUGAAGCAGUGGGAGCAGCGCUGGAUCAAGAACUGUCUGUGUGGAGGUCUGUGGAGGAGGAUCCCUCCAACUCUCUCCUGAACACACCGACACCUGAACACACCGACACCUGAACACCUCACGCACACCGACGCCUGAACACAUCACGAACACAUCACGCACACCGACGCCUGAACACAUCACGCACACCGACACCUGAACACCUCACGCACACCGACACCUGAACACAUCACGCACACCGACACCUGAACACCUCACGCACACCGACACCUGAACACAUCACGCACACCGACACCUGAACACAUCACGCACACCGACGCCUGAACACAUCACGCACACCGACGCCUGAACACCUCACGCACACCGACGCCUGAACACAUCACGAACACAUCACGAACACAUCACGAACACCGACGCCUGAACACAUCACGAACACCGACGCCUGAACACAUCACGAACACCGACGCCUGAACACAUCACGAACACCGACGCCUGAACACCUCACGCACACCUGAACACAUCAUGAACACAUCACGCACACCGACGCCUGAACACAUCACGCACACCUGAACACAUCACGCACACCUGAACACAUCACGCACACCUGAACACAUCACGCACACC